AUGUCCAGUAAUGAAGGAGGCCAAAUUGGCCAGGCGCUGGUCGAUUUCUCCCUACACGGCAUCUUUCCGGAUGAAGACAUAUCAUCGCGACAAAUCUCAGCGCAAGAUCUUGCGCCAGCUUUAGUAUCCUUGGAAACAGCAAAGAUAAAGCUAGAGUCUGACAUCCAUAAGAUCAACGAAGAGACUGCCCCAGACGUAGACCAAUGGAUCACCAAUGCGAAAUCGCUUGAAGAUGAUAUAAACCGAUCGCGAACCUGGGCGAAUGAUAUUGUGCGGCGGUCACAAGCACCUGAUGUAUCAGGUAAAACAAUAGAAGAAACAGAAGCUAAAGUUAAGUUCCUGCAACAAGAGGUCGAAUACAGCCAGCAAGUCCACCUUGCGUUGGGGAGUAUCAAACACGUGAAUGGGCUCUUAGACCAGGUGGAACAAGCGCGGGACGAGUGUAGGAUAUUGGAUUCUCUUCACCUCCUAGAAAAAUCUUGGUCUGGGUUGGACGCAAUUCCCGUCGGAAAAUCCUGCCGUGUUAUGAAACUGCUUGACAUGAGGGCUUUCGAGUUGAAAUCCACGAUUCAUGAUGUGUUCGACCGGGUCUGGGAUUCCCUGGUACGGGUAGACCGAGAGAACAGAAAGAUUGCUGUAUUUCAAAGUCAUGAAGAUGAGCAGAUGAGUCUAUCCGAUGCUGUUGUAGGUCUAAAGGCGUAUAAAGAACUUGAUCAAAAAAUGACUUCGUUCUGGCAUGGCGUCGACCAAGCCAUUAUCGGUCCACGCACCAACAUUGAAGCUCAGGAGCUACCCAAGAUCCAAUUGGAGGGUUCGUAUUUAACUCUGGGUGAGAGCGCAGAUAGAUCUAUCGCUGCUUUAUUUGCCGAUCUAGACCAGGUGAUGACCUAUCUAUCCGAGCGCCUACCGGAAGAGUUGGUAUAUUCCCUAUCCAACAUAAUGAUGCAAGACCUUGUCCCUCGGCUUAUAAGCACCUGGCUAGACAUAGCAGUUCCAGCGUCUCUAAAGGAAAUGGACGAGUUUCAAGAUGUUACGGAAGCCGUAAAGGCAUUUUGCAGCCGUUUGCGGGGUCUAAAACUCUCCGGGUUCCAAGAGCUACAGGAGUGGGUCGACGAUGCUCCGAGGGUGUGGCUAUCUAAAUGUAAAGAGACUGCAUUAGAUACCGUUCGUACGAGGCUUUCCCGAGGACUAGGCCAACCGAAGGAAGUAGAACGUGUCGAAACUCAGUCCGUCACGCGGUCCGAAGGCAAGGUAUUAGUUGCUAACGGUGUUGGCCCUUCGACUGACGAUGAUGACUGGGGCGCAGCGUGGGAUGAUGGGGAGACAGAUACUCAGGAAGACACCAAUUUAAAACCGGAGACAAACGAAGAUGACGGAACCGCUGCAUGGGGUUGGGGUGAAGAUGACACCGUAGGCGAACAGCCUCAAACGGAACCAGCAGUUGAGGAAGACCCUGCGGCAGCAUGGGGAUGGGGUGAAGACGAUACAAUAGAAGCAGCCCCUGAAGAGCCGACACCGAAAUCUCAACCUUCAAAUACACAGACUCGUGAGUUGACGUUAAAAGAAACUUAUAAUAUUUCUUCUAUGCCAGAACCAGUCUUAGCACUUGUCUCGGCUAUUCUUGAAGAUGCAGCCUCACUCGUUGGGAGCGACGGCAACCCGAUGGCGUCAACAGCCGGGGGCCUCUUUUCAUUGCCAACCCUUGUCCUUGCUAUGUUCCGCGCCGUGUCACCAUACUACUAUACUCUUAAUGCAGGCGGUAACAUGUUCUUAUAUAAUGAUGCGAUCUACCUUUCCGAGAGGCUUUUGGACCUCUCUAAGGACUGGAAGACCCGCGAAGAUCUGACGCCUCGCGCGGUCGCGAUGCUCCGCCUCGAUAACGACAUCAAGGCGCUCCAGUCUUUCGCGACCCGCGCUUACUCGUCCGAGAUGUCCACACAAAGAACAGUAUUGAGGGAUUUACUCGGUGGUUCUCAGAAUCUUCUCCAGCAAGACGGGCUCGCCACUUCCGACCUAGAAGCACAAGUCGACAGCGCAACCGGGCACGUGCGUGCCCUCGCCGCAACAUGGUCUACUAUUUUGUCGAAAUCAGCCUGGAGCCAAGCCGUAGGCUCACUAGUCGACACCCUCGCCGCGAAACUUGUCUCCGAUGUCAUGGACCUAGCAGGCAUCGGCCAAGAUGAAGCGUACAACAUCGCGAGUCUAAUCGCGCGCAUCACAGAGCUCGACGACCUAUUCCUUCCUCCGGGGGCACCGAAGGACGCGGUCCCCACCACGUCCGAAUACGCCGGCAGUUGGCUAAGGCUUAAAUACCUCAGCGAGGUGCUGCAGAGCAACCUCCAGGACGUACGUUAUCUAUGGAUGGAGAGCGAACUUAGUCUAUAUUUUUCAGUUGAAGAAGUGGUCGAGUUGAUCGGCCUAAGUUUUGUGGAUAAUGCACGGACGAGAGAGAUCGUCAGAGAGAUCGAGGCACAUCCACAACCGCUUGGGGCGAGGUGA